CGGCGGCGCUUCCGGCAGCGCGGGGCUGUCGCUGUCGCGGGGCUGUCGCUGUCGCGGGGCUGUCGCUGUCGCCGGCGAUGGCGGCGGCGGGACUGGGACCCGGCGAGGCCGCCGCGGCCGCUCACGCGCUGUCGCUGCCGGCCGAGGCCUUCGGGAACGAUCCCCGCGUGGAGCUGGCCUGGGCCAUGAGAGCCCACCAGCACGCCCAGGUCUACUUCAAUCUCAUCUCCUCCGUCGACCCCAAGUUUCUAAACCUGACCAAAGUUGAUGACCAGAUCUACGGUGAGUUCAGGAAAACCUUCAAGGAUCUUAAAAUCGACGUGCUCGACCCCGAAGAGCUGAAGUCGGAGCCGGCCAAGGAGAAGUGGCGGCCGUUCUGCCUGCGCUUCGAGGGGGUGGUGGAGGAUUUCAACUACGGCACGCUGCUCCGCCUGGACUGCCGCAAGGACUACACCGAGGAGAACACCAUCUUCGCUACCAGAAUCCAGUUUUUUGCCAUUGAAAUCGCCCGGAACAGAGAGGGCUGGAACAGCGUCGUCUACAGCAGUGCCAGGCAGCCGGUGGCCAAGGAAGCGGCGUCGGGGUGAUGGUGGGAUGUUCACCCCCCUGCCCCACUGCUGGCAGGGUCUCGGGGUGUGGGGGGGCAGGGCUAUACCCACCUUCCCCCCUCCUCCAAUUCAGACUCCCAUUUGCAGAUUGUAAAUAAAUGCUUUUAAAAAACAAUAAAAAAAAAAAAUACAAA